AUGGGGUGUAAAGAUGAAAAGUCUGUUGUCCCACCAUUUCAGGUAUCGAAGGAGAAGGCAAAAAGUUUGGGCAUUGAUUUCCUUCCUCUUGAGGUGAGUCUUAGGGACACCGUGGAAAACUUGAAGGAAAUUUCUAAGUUUUUGAAUCGUAAUAUAGUAAUGAGCAAUGCCAAUGGGUAUGACGCUAUGUUUUUCAAGGUUUUAUGUUGUAAAAGUGACAUUAUAAUGUAUUUGCUGUCCGAAAACUAA